AAGACAAACCAAUCAGAACACGCUGUGAUCGGAUGACGUCAAUUUCCAGCGACUCCACCACCAUGCGUGUUGACUGUCGCUGGCUUGAGAAAUAAAAACCUAAUAUAGCCUAAUAUAGUAAAUCUCUGGAGUUCUCGCUAAACAGUUUUUUUUUCGGCUGCAUCCAAGGAGUUAUGGAGAAUACUAACAUUCAGUUCAAAACAAAUUACGCUGUUUCCAGCAAAAUUGAGCCUUUUUACAAAGGAGGAAAAGUCCAGAUAAGUAAAGACGAGCAGUAUGUAUUUUGCACGUGUGGCUCCCGGGUGAACGUCUUGGAGAUCAGCACAGGCAAAGUAGUUCACAGCGUUGAACAUGACGAUCAGGAGGACAUCACAUCAUUUGCAUUGAGCUGUGAUGGUGAAUUUCUGGUGACAGCCAGCAGAGCUCUACUGCUGAAGCAGUGGGACUGGAAGAAGACUCAGUGUAUCCGCUCAUGGAGGGCCAUCCACACGGUUCCUGUUGCCAGCAUGACCUUUGAUUCCACCUCUACGCUUCUGGCAACAGGUGGAUGUGAUGGAACCAUAAAACUUUGGGAUGUUGUGAAACAGUACUGCACACACAACCUGAAGGGCUCCUCUGGUGUUGUACACUUGGUACAGUUUCACCCAGACAUCAACCGGCUGCAACUUUUCUCCUCUUCACUCAACUGCGGUAUCCAAGUGUGGGACCUGCGCUCCAGCCAGUGUGUGUGUGUUCUUGAAAGUCAUUACAGCGCUGUCACCGCUCUCACCUUCAGCCCCGAUGGUGGCACCAUGAUCAGUUCUGGAAGAGAUAAGAUUUGUACUGUUUGGGACCUCAAGGAGAGGAAAGCAAAAAGAACUGUUCCAAUUUAUGAGACAGUAGAGGGCGUCGUGAUGCUGCCAGCCAAAAAAAACCUUUCUCUGAUUGGAGUGAAGAAUGAAAACCUGCAUUUCAUCACUGCUGGCAGCAAAGGUGUGUUGAGAGUGUGGAAUGCCAAUUCUGGCCGCUGUGUCUACACCCAGACUCUGUCCACCCUGGUCCCCUCUACUGAGGAAGAGGAGGAAACUGCAGACAAUCCUCGAGGAAUAACUUACCUAUUCCACCUGCCCUCGUCCUCCAGACUGGCCACAGUCACCGCAGAGCACAACAUUCUCUUCUAUCAGCUGUCGGAUCUCAGCACGCUGCAGCAGUUUGUAGGUUACAACGAUGCGGUGCUUGACGUCAAGUUUAUGGGCAAAGGGGACAGUCACAUCGUCGUGGCGACCAAUAGUUGCCAGAUCAAAGUGUUCGAACUGCUUACCAACUCCUGCCAGAUUCUCUACGGACAUACUGACACAGUUUUGUCUCUGGAUGUGUUCAAAAAAGGAUUGAUGUUUGUGAGCUGCGCUAAGGACCGAUCGGUACGCGUGUGGCGCAUGGAUGCCGAGAGCGGCCGGGUCCACUGUGUGGCUCAGGGCUCGAGCCACGCCAACGCUGUGGGAUCUGUCACCUGCUCCAGGCUGAAGGCGUCUUUCAUCGUGUCGGGCAGUCAGGAUUGUACUGUGAAGGUUUGGGAUCUUCCUAGUGGCCUGUCGACUGCAGACGGGUCAGAUGUACUCCAGCUGACACCUCGUGCCACAGAGAAGGCGCAUGAUAAGGAUGUGAACAGCAUCGCUGUGUCGCCGAACGACAAGUUGAUGGCCUCUGGCUCUCAGGACCGCACCGCUAAGUUGUGGUCGCUGACGGGGGCUGUGACACUCGACUUGCUGGGUGUGUUCCGGGGUCACCGCCGCGGCGUGUGGAGCGUCAGCUUCUCUCCUGUCGAUCAGGUGUUGGCGAGCUCCUCUGCCGACGGGACCUCCAAACUCUGGAGCCUGCAGGACUUCAGUUGCCUCAAAACCUUUGAGGGCCACGACGCCUCCGUUUUGAAGGUUAUCUUUGUCAGUCGGGGGACCCAGCUCCUCAGCAGUGGGUCAGACGGUUUGGUGAAACUCUGGACCAUCAAGACCAACGAGUGUGUGAAGACUCUGGAUGCCCACCAGGACAAAGUGUGGGGCCUUCACAACAGUCAGAAAGAUGACAAGAUCGUGACGGGUUCAGAUGACUCCAACAUCACUGUGUGGGCGGAUGUGACGCAGGCCGAGCUGGCGGAGGAGCAGGCCAAGCAGGAGGACCAGAUCCUCAAGCAGCAGGAGUUGUCAAACCUGCUCCAUGAGAAGCAGUACCUGAAGGCUCUGGGGCUCGCCAUCUCUUUAGAUCAGCCUCACACAGUCCUCUCCGUGAUCAAAGCGAUCCGCCUGAGCGAGGACGGCGGCCCACUUCUGGAGAAGACGGUGCUGAAACUACGACCCGAUCAGAAAGAGUCACUGCUGCGCUACUGUGCGGUCUGGAACACCAACGCCAGGAACUGCCUGGACGCUCAGGUGGUACUCCAGGUACUCCUGACUCACCUGCCGCCAGAGGAGCUGAUGCAGUACCAGGGGGCGCGCACACACCUGGAGGGCCUCAUUCCUUACACAGAGAGACAUAUGCAGAGGAUCGGGCGACUGCUACAGACUUCAAUGUUCCUGAACUACAUGUGGCAGAAAAUGAGGGUCGCCGGAGCAGAAACCAGCCUGGAGCCAAGGGAAGAAAUGGACACGAGUCCACCCCAGCAACCUCUGUUCAUGAUCGACAAGAUGGGUGAGAAGAAGCACAGCGGUGAGGAAAAGAAGGAUGGAGAAGACAGCGAGGAAGAUGAGAACGCUCCUGGUGAGGAGGAGGAAGAGGAGAAGGAUGGUGAGGUCAGUGUCACGAUGAAGGCUGCCCCCAGUGACAGCAGAGUGAGUGAACGGAAAACAAACAGCGCUGGACACUCUGACAGCGAAGAGAGUUCAGACGAAGCGGAUGUGAAGAUUGGAGCGAUGGUGGACGGUUCUUGCAGAGGUCUUGCCGUCUGCAGCUGAUGGAUGGUUUCAGUAACACCUGGAGCAGCACAACACUGACAGUGUUCUGGAUGUUCUCAUCACUGCGGCGCAGGAAUGCGUGAAGAGGAUGAUGGUGAAACUCGGACCCAUUGUUCAGUUGGGUUUUGUAACCACGAUGGACUGGCUCAACCAGAUCCCUGUCACAAGAUGAUGGGAAGUAUGUCUACGAGAGCCAAGUUUAAGAUAUCGGAAAUGUAACAGAUCAUGUGAUGGUUUUUACACUUUUAUCAUCACAGGUUUUGCAUUUAGAGAUUUUCAAAUUGAUCAAAAAUAUAAAUGUCCUGUGUGUGAUGCCUUUCCUGCAUCAGCUGCAUCUGUAUGGCGAAGUAAUCGUUUUUUCAGCGUCAUGUAAUACCUGCUGUAGAAAUAAAUCUCAGUCAUAUCUGUAACACUCUAAUUUAUUCAUUCUCCAAAUUCAUUUACACAUAAUCCCAUUGACAUUUUCACACACACAGUUUCAGUAAAAUAACAUUCAUCAACUUUCUGUAUGUACAUUCAUUUUCCUCUGUUGGCACAAGCGUGGGUCGUGGGGGCAGCAGCUAAAGUAAAGAGGCCCAGACUUCCUUCACUCUGGAACCCUCCUCUCUUUUCUGGCACAUCCCGAUCGACCGGUAGAACGUCCACAUGUACAACAGUCUUCCAGUGAGGAAUAUAUAUCAAAACUUUUUGCAUUAUGCUA